AUGAGAGAAAAGCGUACGAGAGUAUAUAUUUCUCUCUCUCUCUCUCUCUCUCUCUCUCUCUCUCUCUCUCUCUCUCCAUCUAUUUUAAUAUCUAUGUAUCUCACUCAAUAUAUAUUUGUUCAUCUAUCUCACUUGGUUUUUUCUUUCUUUUUUCCUCCCUUCUUGAUAUAUUUCUGUCACAUUAGGUGUAUCUAUCUAUCUAUCUAUCUAUCUAUCUAUCUAUCUAUCUAUCACUAUUUGCUCCUCUAUCCCACACGAUUCCCUUCUUUCUUUCUUUCUUUCUCAUUAUGCGUCUAUUUCACUCUCACUCCCACUCUCUAUCUAUCUAUCUAUCUAUCUAUCUAUCUAUCUAUCUAUCUAUCUUACCCUAUUAAUAUUUAUUUGUAUCUCUUUCUUUCUUUCUCUCUCUCUCUCUCUCUCUCCAUCUAUCUAAAUAUCUAUCUCACUCAAUAUAUAUUUGUUCAUCUAUCUCACUUAGUAUUUUUUCUUUCUUUUGUGUCUUUAUCUAUCUAUCUAUCUAUCUAUCUAUCUAUCUAUCUAUCUAUCUAUCUAUUUCACUCUAUUAAUAUAUAUUUUGCUUUUCUGUUUUCUUUUUCCUUCCAUACAUUAUACUUUCUCUUCCAUUUGUCUUCUUUUUCCAGUUUUCUUUCCCAAAGCACUUUCUUUCCUUCUUUUUUUUUCUCGAUUUCAUCAUUUAGAUCUCUUUCACUCUUCUCUGCUUUUUACACAUUUCUUAAUAAUUAA